AUGGCAGGAGAUUCUCGAGUCCUCAUGGACCACAACAUGGAGAUAGGUGUCACGCCAGCACAGGUGAAGAAGCUUCCCAAACACUUGCGGGAGGCUCAGAUCUCGACAGAGCGAACCCACUUGAUUUCCGACCCAGCAAGGAAACCGCGUCAGCGAUAUGUGCAGAAGGAUGGCAAGUGCAACGUUCAUCACGGAAACGUGCAAGAGACUUACCGUUACCUCAGUGACUUGUUCACAACACUGGUGGACUUACGCUGGCGUCUUAGUCUCUUUAUUUUCACCUUGGUCUAUAUAGUCAACUGGCUUUUCUUUGGCUUUCUGUGGUGGCUGAUUGCGCUCAUCCGUGGGGAUCUGGUGCAUGGUGACGAGGAGGACUGGACCCCCUGUGUUGAGAACCUCAACAGUUUUGUCUCAGCCUUCCUCUUCUCCAUUGAAACGGAGACCACCAUUGGGUACGGUUAUCGUGUAAUCACAGAAAAAUGCCCUGAAGGUAUCAUACUGCUUUUGGUGCAGGCCAUAUUGGGUUCCAUUGUUAAUGCCAUGAUGGUGGGCUGCAUGUUUGUCAAGAUCUCACAGCCAAAGAACCGUGCCGAAACCCUCAUGUUCUCACACAAAGCUGUCAUAUCAGUACGAGACAACAAGAUGUGCCUGAUGUUUCGGGUUGGUGACCUGAGGAACUCUCACAUCGUGGAGGCCUCGAUCCGAGCAAAGCUGAUCCGCUCGCAACAGACGAAGGAGGGGGAGUUCAUCCCACUCAACCAGACUGACAUCAACAUCGGCUUUGACACGGGAGACGAUCGCCUCUUCCUGGUGUCACCGCUCAUCAUUUCUCAUGAGAUCAACGAGAAGAGCCCCUUUUGGUCGAUGUCACUGGCGCAAAUGGAGAAGGAGGAGUUCGAGAUCGUGGUUAUCCUCGAGGGCAUGGUGGAGGCCACAGGGAUGACAUGUCAGGCGCGAAGUUCCUACCUGGACACUGAGGUGCUUUGGGGCUAUCGCUUCACACCGGUCCUCUCUCUGGAGAAGGGCUUCUACGAGGUAGACUACAACAACUUCCAUGAUGUCUACGAAACCAACACCCCAACCUGUAGCGCCAAGGAGAUGGCUGCUAAGUUUCGGGAUGAGCCUCUAUUGCCUCAGCUUUCACUCCUCAGCCCCACCGAACCCAAAACGCAAACUUUUGACCCCCUAGACCGCCUGUCUAAACCAGACCCACUAAACCAGGAUGAGGACAAGGAGGAGAGGGAAUCAGGGGGUGACAGAGGAGAAACCAAUGGCUCAGCUGCUGCUUUAGAGGAGCUGCCCCUUGCUGAUGGACUGCCUGACUGA